AUGCUGCUACCAAGGGCUCCUGUUAGACGAAGAAUCCGUGCAACGCAAGUGUGCAAUCGCUGUAAACGGCGCAAAAUCAAAUGUGACAAGAACAAACCAUGCUCUAAUUGCGUGAAGAUGAACUACCCAUGCUCUUACGAAUCAAACUGGGCCCCCGGGCCCGAGCCUCAGCUGAACGGUGAUAGCGUCAGUCACGAUGCUCUAGUGGCCACUCAAUUGCUCGAAUCGCAAAAUUCUGUGUCGUCUAUAGCACAGAACGAAUUGGAUCACAAGACAAUAAUUCCAAACCUCAAGAAUCCAUGGUCGGCCAGUGCCAUCGAGGAGAUGGUUUUGAUGCCGCAAAGUACGUACGAGCAGCUUCUACCGCUCCUGCUCCAAACCCCCAUGCAUCUGGUCCUCCAAGUGACGGUUGCCCCGGUGAUCCUCGGAGAUUCAGGCCAGAAAGCACUCAAUUCCAACAUUGGCGAGAUCAAAGGUACAUUGCACGAUCCGAAGUUUCCGGGAGUGCUUCCAUCGUUAAUGUCAAGCCGAUCUCUCUCCUUCGGUACGCAUAUCAUCAAACUAGUCAAAAAUGACUUCGUGGGUGUGAAUCCCUUCAUGAAUCGAGAUGAACACCUCACUUUGAGUGCUCCGUUCACCAAAAGUGAUCCAUCUGCUGGAACAGUGUGGGAGCAUUACGGUGUCUACUCGUGGAAAACAUUGCAGGCAAAGGAUGUAUGGCUUUCUCUGAUUUUGAAGUUUACUGCUGAAGAGUCUGAAAAAGCUAAUUCUGAAGAGUCUGAUUCUAAUAAGCAAGAAGGGUUCAGACAACGGUGUCCGAGUCGCAAGGGUUCACCAGAGGUAAAAUACGAAAAUAGAUCUUCUGGUGGAUUUUCAGAUUCUCCUCAAAGGUUAAUCUCGCCUACCAACACUUUGGGACUUGUGCUUUACGAUGGAAACGUUCAAUUCGACUUGAAUGCCGUGGAGCAAUUGAGACUUAUGUUGCCCAACAAAAGGGUGGUAUGGACCUUAGUCAAGCGCUAUUUCCAGUCUCUAUAUGCUUUCUGUCCUGCCCUAGAUGAGUUGGAUUUUAGAGAGGCCAUAACCAAUGUGAUAGGCCCCGAAUCUUAUGAAGAGGUAGAAGUUGUCUUGAAUGUUACCAGUAAACUCGAUUUCAUUCAGUUGGCUACGCUUUUAGUGAUGUUACGCUUUAGUUUCGUCUCUCUUUUCUCCAACCGGGAAAGCGUAAACGAAGCCGUUAUUCGGUCGAAUGAUCCUAUUCAUAACGAGUUAAAGUACUUGCUAACUCAUCCAAUUGAUGUCAAUGUGAUCGAGAUUUGCGAAAAUUGUCUUCACCAGUUCCUUCAUCGCUCAAAAGUAACCGUUCCCCUCUUUCUGCUUGCUUUACUUCUUGGAGGGUACAGAUUCCAUGCACCAGAGGUUGCUUACGGUGAAGAGGGCGACAAUCUUCCAAAUUUCAAUAGUUUGCUAUUGAAUAUGGGCUACAGUCUUGGGUUCAAUCGAGACCCAAAUAAUUUCCCUGGCCAACUCGACGGAAGAAAAACUAAUUUCAUCAGAAAGGCUUGGUUUUUUGUCUGCAUCAACGACGUUUACGAGGGCUACCGAUAUGGCAACCCAACGUCUACUAAUCUCAACUUCUUCGACACAGAGUACCCUAGUGUAGGUAAUGGUAUUGAAAACGUGUACGACAAGGAAUCGGACAGAGCGGUCACCAAAUUAAUGAACAUCAGCGACAUGCUCAUUGAUGGUGCCAUGAAGCAGAUGGUUGACUUGAGUUUGAAUGUUCGAAAGCCAGUAUACUUGUCAUACUUCACCUCCCUUCUCAAUAUGCUCGAGACAUGUUUCGCAACAGCAUUUGGAAGUCUCAAAGACUACUUGCGACCUCUUGAGACGUACAAUUCAGCGUAUUCAUAUGGAAAGUUGAUGAAAUCUUUUAUUUUGUUGUCUUUGCAUGUGUUCUCGGUCACUGUGUUGAUGCAUUUGACUGAAUACUACAAGGCCAAACAGAAUAGCCAGCUUUUCUACUUUUACACUAAGAAGAUGCUCUUCAUCGUUGCCAAUGAAAUCAUGGCAGUGGUUCCUGCGUUCGUGACCAAGUUUGAGAUAAUAUUCGGCGAAGGUAUCUGUUUGUUUAUGAAUCCCAUGAUGAUUGAUGCCAUUUUCCGUGUGAAUGAAAUCUUCAUCGCUAACAUCCUCAGGUGCAACAACUACAUCUAUUACAGAACCAAAUCUGCAGAUCACGAGCUGAGAAUGGCCAAUGAUCCUGACUACUUCGGACAUUUCCAGAGAGUUUGCGAUUUAGUUGUCCUCCUUCAAAGAUUUUGCAAGCUUUGUGUAGUUGUCGAAUCCAUCAUGAGUAAUAGAUACUACAUGGCCUGGAAAGUUCUCAAGUCGCACCAACUGUUUGUGAGUGCUAUGGCUAAGCCUGAAUUCUACGAAUAUGUCGGUAUAAAUCCAGAAAUCUCGUCGACUGAAGGUCCCCACAAUUUCACGACGUCGCAGCUCCAGGAACUCAUUGAUAUUCUCAAGAAGGCUCUCUCAUUUGUGGAGAAGCAGGUUAGUGAAAAUAGUGAAGAGCUUUCUUUGGAGAAAGUCUGGGGAAAGCCUACCAAGGUGGAAAUCCCCAUAAUCAUAAAUGAGCACACCAAAGGCGAGGAAAAUUCUACGCCUGCAACACCAACACCCCAUGCCACUUCAGCGGAAACUCCACAAGGAAUGCAGGUGCCCAAGAGUACGUUUGAUGAAACCGCAGAGAUACUGCCAGAGGUUCCACUUGAUAUUGGAGACUUGAACAAAAUUUUGGACUGGCAUCUUGUUGGUAUGGAUGAUGUUCAUGCGUUCAACAAUUACGAGGUGGACACUUUGUGGCAACAAAUGUCUUCUCAAAGAUUGCAAAAGCACGAGCAGUUAGAACGGGCAGCCUGGCAGGGAUAUUUCGAAAACUAG